GACGCCAACAAGAAAAUAAAAAUCCCCACUGCCUGCUCUGAAACGCCGUCCUUGCAUUGUUCCCAGACGGCUCUCCAGCAGCUUGAACGGCAGAGUCCCGGAAUUCUCGUGCUCUGUGGAGCCCCCUGCAUGGGAACACCGGCGUGUCCCACCAUGUUGCACGCCGCCGCCGGGGACACCAGCGCCGAGAUCACCGCCAAAGACUUCAGGGAGAGGGAGAAGAAGGACGUUGUGGAGGAGGCAGAACACGGAAGAGGCGCCCCUGCUAAAGGGAAUGCUCGGAAUGCUCGUGAGGAAAACGAAGAGCAGGAGACUGAAAACGAGGAAGAGGAAGAAGGUGGAGAGGAAGAGGAGGAGGAGGAGGAAGGUGAUGGUGAGGAGGAUGGAGAUGAAGAUGAGGAAGGUGAGGCCGCCACGGGCAAACGCGCAGCUGAAGGUGAUGAGGAUGGCGCUGUUGAUAGACGGCAAAAAAGGAACAGCUCGACUAAAUAA